UUUAGGAACUGAAAAAGAAAAUGAAUUUCCGCUUAUUUCUCUUGACAAAAUUCAUUUUUUCAUUUACUUAAUGUAAACAGUAUUAAAAUAUUUGAAAAGAUUUUAAAUAAAUAACAAUUUAUUAGCUAUAAGACUUUUAAAUGAACUUUCAGACCGGUAACAUGAUUUUUAAUAUUGAAGACUCUUACUACUAAGUGCCAUCAACAAACCAAUCAUAAAGAGGUUAACUGCAUUCACGGCUUUUGCAUCCGUUGUAUAUUGCGCUAUGACACAAAUUGAUGAAAUCAACAAAAAUACUAAUUUUAAAAAGUAAUGCUUUCGCUAAGUAAUAUUACCUGUUGUAAGUUAAAAAUAAUUUAAACAAGUAAAUAUUUCUGAUGUCAAGAAGUGUUUUUUUCUACAAAAUAUACACAUUAUAAUCAACUUUCUACACAAUAAAAUCAACCUCCUUAUAAUCUAGUUUUAAGGAAUGUCAAAUAUCAUUACCUAUUGUCAUAAUCUUUUACUAAUUCCACUUGUAAUUCCUCUUUCUGUUCAAAACUGCGGAAAUUCAACAGUAGGACUCCAUCAUUCAAAAAAUACAACAUAUUUUUUUGGAGGCAUUUUCUCAACUCAUAUUAAAAAUGGCAGCGUGUAUAUUCUCGAUGAAGCGUCAAUUUUAUUGGUGUCAUCAAUGAUGUUUGCUAUUCAAGAAAUAAAUGAAAGAAAGGAUAUACUUCCAGGAAUUGAAAUAGGAUAUGAGAUUCGCGAUUCAAGAAACGAUGUUUUGUGUGCAUGUGAACACGCCUUAGAACUGUUGCUAACUAAAAAAAACUCAGUACUUGUAGGAGUAGUUGGUCCAGACUCCAGUUCUCUUAGUGUUGCUGUGAGUACUAUGUUGCUGUCUGACUAUGUUCCACAAGUUUCAUAUUCAUCAACAAGUAUUUCGUUAUCACAGCGUUUCGUAUAUCGCAACUUUUUUCGUACUGUCCCUUCUGAUGUCUAUCAAGCAAAAGCUUUAAUGGAUUUAAUUGAACACUUUCAGUGGACAUACAUAUCAUUGUUUACUUCUGAUGACGAAUAUGGUCGUUUUGGUCGUGAUGAAAUUCUCAAAGCCGCAACUGAAAAAAACAUUUGUUUUUCUGUGGUUCAAACAAUUUCUAGUAUUCUUUUAGAAGAUGAAGUUGGUGGUAUAUUAGAAACUAUAAAGAGGCACUCCAGCGUUGUAAUUUUAUGGUGCGAAUCUGAAUCAGCCGCAAUGAUAAUUUCGCAAAGUGUUGCACGAGGUUUAAAGUAUAUAACGUGGAUAGGGAGUGAAACUUGGAAAAAGGAACUUUUGAGGUAUUCUAAUAUAAAUAUAACGCACAAUAUACUUUUUUUACAGCUUAAGGAUUAUCCAAUUAAUGUUCUUGAUAAUAAAAUUUUUAACGCUAAAAAAAAAAGUCAAGUAAAUUGCGAUAAUCCUUGGUAUAAAGAGCUUUUAAGAAAAUAUGCAACGAACGACUCAGUGUGCAUUCCAAACUUAGCAGCUAGUUUACCUAAAGGUUACACAAGUCAAGUUUAUAGUGCUGUCUAUGCUCUUGCAUAUGGUCUGCAUAAGUACUUAAACUGCUCGUUUGAAAAAUGCUACACACCUUAUAACUCAAUUGAUUAUCAGCUAUUAUACAACUACUCUAUAAAUACAUCGUUUACUGUUCCCAAUAGCAACUAUACAAUUAGGUUUGACGAAAAUGGAGAAAUAUUGUUUCCUGCAUAUCAGUACAUGUUUGUUGAUCAAAAAGGCUUUAUUCAAUUUGGAACCUGGGAAUAUAAUCCUACCAACGUUAUUAUAAACCAAGAUAUUAUUGCUUGGAAGAAUAAUUUAAAACCGAAAUCUGUUUGUAGUUUGCCCUGCUUACCUGGGACAUACAGAGUUAAUUCAACAUCAUCAAAGUGUUGUUGGAUUUGUGUACCCUGUCCUCGCGGAUCGGUUUCACACGCAAUAAACCAAUAUGAAUGCACUAAGUGUUCUUUGUCUUCAAUAGAAAAUUUGAAUCAAACUCAAUGUAAUGAUUUAUAUGAGAUAAGCUUAAAUGUUUUCAGUGCUGAAGGAAUAAUAAUAAUUGUCGGAUCAUUAUUAGGUGUUUUUUGCACAUUGUUUGUAUUAAUUUUUUUUUUUAAAUAUUGGAACAACCCAGUUAUUAAAAGUUCGAAUAAAGAAAUGUCCUGUAUCCAGGUGUUUUCCCUUAAACUUCUAUUUUGCAUUUCAUUUUUUUAUUUUUGGAAACCCACGCCAACGUUAUGCAUGUUUAGAGUUACGCUAUUUGGCUUCUUGCUUUUUACUUUUCUUGCUUUUGUUACAGUAAAAACAUAUCGAUUGCUUUAUGUGUUUAACUGCAAAUUUACAAAAGCUUCAAAAUUUUUGGAUAACAAAUUCCAAAUAACCUUCACAUUCUCAAUAGUUUUAAUGCAAACAAUUGUAGUUGUAAUUUUGCACGUAUGCUACCCAACUAGUUUGAAGAUUGUUCCUAACUAUAUAAAAAAGCAAUUUUUUCUGAUCUGUAAAGAUGAAAAUCCAGUUAUUUGGAUUUCCGCAUUAUUUUUUUUUUUACUAGCUGUUGUAAAUGGAUGCAUGGCUUAUCGUGCGCGUAACCUUCCGGGAAAUUUUAAAGAAACUCAAUCAAUUUUGUAUGGUAUGCUUAUAGUUAUUAUUUUGUGGGUUUCGUACAUUCCCAUUCAUUUUAGUGUUAAUCCACACGAAUCUACAGUUGUGUUUUUAUUUAUUAACAUUGUGGCGUGCUAUAGCAUGCUAUUCAUUUUGUAUGGCAAAAGAGUUUUUUACAUCAUGUUUUAUCCAAGCUUAAGCAGCGUUGAGUUUUUUUAUGAUAAUUCUGCACAGAAAGUUAUACACAAUUUUGUUGAGAGAGUUUCCCAAGCUGACGGUACUACCAUAAACGUGGUGCGCAGCGUUGUUAUGUAUGACAAAAACGUUCUUUCAAAGACAAUUUUUUAAAGUUGAACAGCUUAUUGAAAUAUAAAGUUUUUUUGUUU